AUUUUUAAGCGCCAUCUUGAACUGUUGGCAAUCUGUUACAGAAACGUUAAGCAAUUGAUUUACUUUCCUAUGAUUUUUAGUAGGUCUCUGUCUAUUUGACAUAGCCGUUUGGAACGUAAAUACUGUCCAUCUAAUACUUCAACUAGGCUCGGUAACUGUCCUGUUAUCUUAUCUUACGUUAGAUCUGUUUAAAAAUCCUUCAGGGAAGAUAGACGUUUGGAAGAGGAUGCAGGGCAACUCUUAAGUAAUGGAAUGCCAAAACGGAGAUGUAGAGGAUCAUCUACAAAAGGAGGUUUCGAAAUCGACAGAAGAGGAAAAUCUGCCAACACAAGAUAACUCUUUAAAUGCCGAUGCCUCUGAUAUUAAUUCUUGCUGUGAUAAUGACGUAAUAGAUCAAGAAGAGAAAAUCUAUAAAAUUUCCAGUGAUCUUGAAAAUAAAGAUUCUAACCUAACUGAUAACAUUCCAGAAAAUGAUUCUCUGAUCAAUUCAAAAGAUCAAGAUCAGUCUUCAAUUGAUUCUUCAGAUUUACCGGAAGAUAAAACCAACGGUAUAAAUGAAGAAGUCAAAACUUUUUCAACUUUAGAAAAUAUUGUUGAUGAUAACUCUAAAAAUCCGUCUAUAGAAACUACCAUAAAAGAUAACGAAAUUAAUCCUGUAACAAGUGAUUCGUCAAUGGAAAAGAGUGAUCUUCCUGAACAAAAUUGCGCCAAAGAAGAAUCAAUAGACACACAACUUGAUAGUACAGGAUUUGAUAAAUCUAUAAAAAAAAAUGGUGAAAUUACAAGUGAACACACGAAAACUGAUCUAACUGAUAAUGUAAGUGAUUCCUCAGAGGAUAUCUCAGAAGAUAAAUUGGUAAGUACUCAAGAGGAAAAACCAACCGCCAUUUGUGUGAAGAACGAAAAUCCUGAGGUUGAUAACGAAAAGUUAAAUUGUUCAAAUCAUCUGACAAAACCAAUUGCCAAAUCUGUCAAUACAAAUGGAAAAGGAACAAAAGAUGAUGAGUUAUUAGAAGAACUUGAUCGUACUCUUCCUACUGUUGAUAUAUCUGUUUACGAAGCUCAAAUUCGUUCAUUAGAGUUAACGUUAGCUGAGGAACAAAACAAGAAAAAACAGCUAGCCGAAAAGCUGUCCUCUCAUGAUGCAGCCGCUAAAAGAGCAAUUAGCAAACUGCAAAAUGAAAUUAAAGUCAGAGUUGACCAAGUUACAAAGAUGUACGAUGAGGCUAGACGUGAAAAGGAUUCCAUGGUAGUAAAAUACGCUCAAGCAGAACAGAAACAAAUGGAAACUCAACAAAAAUUUCAAAAUGCUGCCAGACACGCACAAGAGCUAAGUAAAGAAAAAGAAACCCUUCUUAAUCGAUUAAGAGGUUUAAAGAAUGAAAAGCAAAAGAUAUUGGAGACUACCGAGGCCAAAAACAAUGAAAUACGUAAAUUAGAGCAAAAAAUUGAGGCUCAUAAAGAUGCUAAUGCGUCUAGUGAUGUUAAAGUUAAAUGGGCUCAAAAUAAAUUAAAAUUAGAGAUGGAAGCUCAUAAAGAUACGAAAGAAAAGGUGGAAGAACUUCAAAAAAAACUCAAGGUUGCUAAAGAAGAAACAGAACAAAUUCGAAGAGAUUGUCAAUCGAUGAUUAAGACUUAUCAGGAAAGUGAAGAAAUUAGAUCGAAUAAAUUAGAUGCUGAACUACAACAAAAAGUUCAUGAAUUACGUCAUCAAACUGCCGAAAAGGCCGGAGCGACUGAAUUACAUGCUACUACUGUUAAAGAGUUGGAACAACUACAAGGUCAACAUAGUAAAUUGAAAGAGGAAUUUUUAACUUGCUCUCAAAAUUUAAAAUCAGCCGACACAGAAUUAACAGCUUUAAAAGCUAAUGUUGAAUCAAUUAAAGCUGAUAAUAAAGUUCUUAGAGAAGAGGUGGAACGCCUUAGAGAAGCUGGUAUCAGUCUCGAGAGGGAGCAACAAGAAAAAGAAACUCUAUUAGAACGGGUAAAUGAGCUAGAAAGCUUAGAAAAAGAACUGAAAACCGAAUUAGAUAAUUGUAAAACAAGGGAAAAUGGGCAAUUAUCUUUCGCUGCCGCAAUGUCAGAAGAUAAUGCAAGGUUACAAUCAGCAAAUUCAGAUUUGGGAUCAAGAGUUUCCUCAUUAGCUGCGGAAUUAUUAACGAUUAAAGCAGAGUAUGACAAUUAUAAAAAGUCUAAUGAAACAACAAAUAAAGAUUUAAAUGUUUCACUCAAUGCUCUUCAAGUGGAUAAGGACCAACUGUCAACAUCUUUAGCUGAGAAAACGAAGAAAGUUGAAGAACUUUUGCGCGAGUUGUCGGAAAUCGAAGAUGAAAAAAAAUCUAUGAAACGUAAACAUCAAGCUAACGUUAAGGAGCUUACAAGACAAUUACAGCAAGCUCGUAAACGAUUAGAAUCUGUUGAUACGAGAAAUAAUACGGAAAGCGGUGUUGGUGGACUAGGUUCAAGAGCCAGUUCGAAAUCAAAUUCUAAUCAAUCUUUGGAUACAGCCGGCGUUGAACCGUCUAAUCCAACUCCUGUACCUCCAGUAGAGGAGGAAGUUAUCCUACCGAAUGGUCCAGUUGAUCAACGUGCUCUAUUCUCUAAAAUAAUUAAAUUGCAAAAGAAAGUUGCUAGAUACAGUGAUAAAGUUGAAUUUCUAGAAGAUCAUAAUGCCCAAUUAACGAAUGAUAUUCGAAGGAAAAGUAGAAUAAUACAAAAAUAUAUUUUAAGAGAAGAAAGCGGAACAUUAACACCAGCUAGCGCCGAUGUGUCAAAGGCGGCUAUUGCAAAACGAGGAGGUAUAAUGGCUUCCGUAUAUAGUUCAGUACCGCAAGACGGUAAUAUGACGUUAGAGCUUUCACUCGAUAUUAAUAGGAAACUGCAAGCUGUUUUAGAAGACACUCUACUAAAAAAUAUUACGCUCAAAGAUAAUCUUGAGACGUUAGGUGAGGAAAUAUCGAAAUUAUCUCAAGAAAACCGAAACCUUCAUCUUAAUAUGAAGAGAAGUUGA